AUGGGGAGUGAGUACAAGAGAAUUAUUCUGCUGAAAGGACUGGAGCUCAUCAACGACUACCAGUUUAGCAUAGUUAAGUCCCUACUGGCCCAUGAUUUGGGACUGACUUCAAACAUGCAAGAAGAAUAUAACAAGGUCAAGAUUGCUGACCUGAUGGAAAAGAAAUUCCCAGGGGCUGCCUGUGUGGACAAGCUAAUAGACCUAUUCAAGGACAUGCCACCACUUAAGGACAUUGUUAAGCAACUUAGAAAUGAGAAGAUGAAAGUUGCAAAGAAAAUGAAGACAACAGAAGAAACUCCAAAGAAAAAGCCGCAACAGGCAAGGGUGGGUCCCACGGCAUUUGCCACCACCGCAAGUAGCGCUCAGCUGUGCGAGAGGGCGGAGGGGACCACUGCGUCUCAGUGCAGAUUUGCCAAAUGCAGGCAUUCGGGCCAUCUGCUUCGUGCCAGGCAAAAACGUGGAAAACGUUUCCGUGACCUAAACACGCUGACAUCGCCUCCUCUAUACAGACGAGUUCGCAGCCAGGCCGGCAACGCGACUCGCGCACCCUGGCGCACCCCGAUUUUCAGGAGGCUGGAGCUCUUCCCGUCCCAACGCAGGGGCGGCUCCAGCAGGGGGCUGUCCGCGUCCGUGAACAUCUCCCCCCGUGGGCUGUCGGCCCUGCCCCCUCUCACCCACUGCCCGCCUCUAGGUGACAGCCGGGGUCACCCUGGAGUUUCCCAGGACGCCACAUUCCCUAAAAGAAAACCUGUCGCCAAAGGGACGGCUGCGGCAAAAAAGAACAAGGGGUUCCAGCCGCAGACUCUGCCGGCCUGCCAUUCGGGAGCCAGCACGGCCGCAGCGCUCGGCUUUCUUCCGCCGCCGCAGACCUCGUCGUCGGCGCCGUCCGUUUCCGCCUUCCCCGAGGUACCGCUGCCCGUUCACCCUUUGCCAGGUUUCGUCGCGCCCGGUGACCGGCCCUGCUGUCCGUCGCAGGCGUCCCAGCUCCCCGGGGCAAAGGGGCUUCCCUUGUUACGGAUGGUGAAGGGCCAACAUCAAGCUGCUCCUAGAGGACGUGUCUUUCAGCAGGGCCCCCUGACUGUCCUGGUACUGAAAGCAACGGAGCCAUUUGAAUACAAGUCCGCAGAAGAGGGGAGAAGCGGAAUGUUUCACGCUACAGUGGCCACUCCCAGUCAGUUUUUCCAUGUGAAGGUUUUAAACAGCAACCUGAAAGAGAAAUUCACAAAAGAGAAUAUCAUUACCAUAUUAGAUUACUAUGAAUGCAAAGGAAUCCUCGAGAUAAACAAAACCUCAUCUGUGUACGAAGCCAAUCCUUUCCAAUCGAUCGUGGUCCCAAACAGCAUCAUCAAAAGAGCAAAUGAAACUCCCAAGAUUGAUAAUCUUUACAAGCAAGCAUCAGGAACAUUUGUGUAUGGCUUAUUUCUGUUACAUGAGAAAAAAGUGAAUAGGAAGACGACAGUAUAUGAAAUACAGGAUAAUACAGGAAUAAUGGAGGUCUUGGGGACCGAGAGAUGGCACAACAUCAAGUGUGAUAAAGGAGAUAAACUUCGACUCUUCUGCUUUCAACUGAAAACAAUUGACCAGAAGCUGAAACUGACAUGUGGAACUCACAGCUUCAUCCAGGUCAUCAAGGCUAGGAAAAGCAAGAAGGAGCCAGUCGGUUUUGAUUUAAAGGUGGAAUUUGAUAUGAUGCACUCCCCUCCAGAUCACUUCAUGGGCUUUCAUAGUGAUCUUGUUAAAACUGAGGAUUUCUAUUAAAAAUAGAUGCAGUAGAAAUAGCCCAGCAUAUUUAAGGGCUGCACUGUAGAUUAUAUUUCUUUAUUUUAUAA